AUGAUACCGCCGGUGGGAUUUCGGUUUCGUCCCUCCGAUGAAGAGAUUAUAAUCGGGUAUUUGUUGAGGAAGGUUAGGGGACAAGAGCUGUCUUGGGAUGGAAUCCAUGAGUUUGAUCUUUAUGGAGAGAAGGCCCCCUGGGAAAUGUUUGAUGGUCUUCGCGGUGAGGAGGAGAAGCAUUACCUUUUCACAAGGCUAAAGAAAUUCAGCAAACGCGUGGCAAGAACAGCUGGUUGUGGGACUUGGCAUGAAGGCUAUUGUAACCAAAUAUAUGAUAGUCAGCGUCAACAUGUUAUCGGACUCAACAAACAAUUCUGUUUCAAGGUAAAACACGGAUUGUCCACAAAGAAAUCCGAUUGGAUUAUGCACGAAUUCUCCCUAGCGGGUAUCUUCUUGGCUGGGGAGCAAGAGCGGUCUAGCACCUUGGUUUUAUGCACAGUUCAUAAGAAGGGGUCGGAAACUAGAAAAAGCGCGAAGAGAUGUUUUGGGGGUGUUCAGAUUCCUGGAACCAUCACCUCCGUUGAAGCUCCAACUCCAUGCCAUGAAACUCCCCAAGCCCGGAAUACAAAUGCGGUGCUACUUGAGGAUGGAACCCAGCAGAGAAAACGGAUGCGUUGCGAUGUCCAAUCCGAUGUACUUCAAGCCAAUGAGAUUCCAUUAUCAUUUGGAAGCUCUCAAUAUGAAUUCACACUCCCACCCAAUUCUGUGGACGUUGGGGAAGAUAAUACUCGGACGACAGAUUUGGAAACCCACAUGGGCUGUUUUCCAACCAAUUAUAAUGCUGAUUCUGAGUUCGGUGCUUUAUAUGGUUGUCUCCCGCCGCCAUCGACCACAGAGAGUGAAUAUCUGUCACUUGAUUCAUGGGUGGAUGCUAGCAAUGAUAAGUUCUUUGAUUCUGCGCAGAGGGAUGUGUGCAUGAUCUGCAACUCAACCAGUGUUGCUGAGGUGUUCUCUUGCAUUGACAAGAAGUUUGAUCUCAUGUAUGCCAAACGUGCGUUUGUGCACUGGUAUGUUGGUGAGGGCAUGGUGGAAGGAGGGUUCCCAGAGGCGGCUUGUGAAGAUCUUGUUGCACCGGAGGUGUAUGAGGAGGUUGGUGCAGAAUCUGCUGAGGGGGAGGAUGGCGAUGAAGGAGAUGAAUACUAG